UAUUGGCAUGAUUACAUAAGCCAACUGAUCUACACGUCCUUUUUUUUUUUCAGAAAAAAAAAAGAAAAUUCAACGCGUAUUGCAUUAUCUUUCUCAGCAUGUAUACCAAACGACAAAAAUUAGCCAUGGAGAGCAAUCGGGUCUCUCUAAGUCCUGAACCUGGCGAAGAAUAUCAAGAUUCUGAAGACAAAAGACCCUAUAAACCAACAAGACCAUCUCAUGCAUUAACAGGCUUACGAUACAAUCCGAAUCAGCUUGGCUAUAAGAAAGACAUCCUUACACCUGAUAAGCGAGAAGAAGGCUAUUCACUUAUUCGUUAUGGAAGAGAGUCAGUUAAAGACAUUCCAAAGAAAUUAGAAUGGCAGGCAAUGUCACAGACUGUGGAUACACAAUUGAAGCAAGUACUGAGCGAUGUGUAUAGCAAAACAUUAUUACAUGUUGCUGGUUCCACAAGUGAUGAUGUAGAUUUGAAUCAACUUGGUAAACGGUAUCUACAACCCUUAGGUAAAGAAAUUCACCAGCGAACACGCAAGAAGCUAUUUCCUGGGUCUAUUAGCGAGUAUCUAUUGAGGCCUGAUAAACGUACGACUGCAGUAUGUCAAAGCUUAACAUGUUUCAUCUUGAAUGGCUGAUGUUUUAUUUAUGACAGGAAGAAACCUUUGCAGAGUAUAAUGUCAUUACAGAAAGUGCUGCUCGCUUAGAGUUUGAAAGAACAAAAGCAGCAAAAAGGCUGGAGGAUUUAGAGAAACGAUUAAAACAAGUACAAGAAGAACAUAAAAGAACGCAAAACGAAGCAGCUACAUACAACGAUUUACCAGACG